CAUGGCAGAUGAAAGUGAUGGUUCUAUGUUUGAUGGCACUUUUAUAUGUGAUGAUAUUGCUGAGAAACUCAGAAUACCUGCACAUGAUGCUGCAGAGUCAAACAUCUUCUUUGAUGGUACUGAACGACACAUGACUUUGCCCUUCCUUGAUGAUUCUUUGGAAAUGAGCGAAAUAAUCCAUUCGCGACCAUCUGAGGAAGCAAGGAUGGAUUAUGAUAAUUCAAGCUUCUUGUUAGCUAUUCAUCAGAUACGUCCUGGUGAACAAAAAGCAGAUCGUUCAUCUUGUGAUGACUCAGAUGAGGCACAAUAUUUUGACCCACACUCAUUAAUUAGAAACUUGCCUGACCUAUCACAAUUCAUACCUAGCAAUCGACCAACUAUAUUGCCAAAGGAAUCACGAGAAAGGAAGCCCAUUACUUUGGUACUUGAUUUAGAUGAUGGUAGCUUUGUAACAUCUCCAGCUUCUAUGAUGGAUAAUCAGCAGACACUGGAAUCUUCAAAAGAUACUCCUUACACGAAUGAAAACAAGACUGAAAAAACCACACCUAUGAUGGCAGCUUUGUAACAUCUCCAGCUUUGUAACACUCUAAAGAUAUAACUCUAAAAAGAGUUACAAAGUUUGCCUAUGCUUGAGACGAUACAGUUGAGACACUAGUUAUUCCAGAUAAGGUACUUGAACAUUAUUUAUAAUUUAGCUUUUUUUAUUUUUUAUAUGAUUAUGAAUUUUUCAGACUGUAGAUUUGUAUCUAUAUUAUCUUAGAGAGAUGAAGAGUAGUUUGGAUAAAUUAGUUGAAAAUACUUCAUUAUUAUUUUAUAUCUGAAUGAUCUUGCUACAACUAUGAUAAAUUAAUUUGUACAUGAUUAAAUAUAAAGUUUAAUUACU